GUGAAUUCCUAUCGAUGGUUUCGAGACACGCAGAGGCGUGCGCGGCCAAGGUGCACGCAGCCGAAUUGGCCCCUACGGAUUACGCACUUGUGGUUGGCGCCGCCACUGCUCUGCGGCUUAUGGACCGCAAGUCAGAGGCGGAGUAUUGGUAUCGACAGGCUGUCAAUUUGAGGCCCGAUGACGCAAGAUCUCACACAAACCUCGGUGCAAUUUUGCACCUCCAGGGCCGCACCAGUCAAGCGGCCGCAAGUUACCGAGAGGCCCUUCGACUUCAACCCGGAGACCCAACAACCCUGGCAAACCUCGCCAAACUCUCAACGGCGGAUGCGUAG